UUCUGACAAUGAACUUCUUGGAAAGCCGCCAACAAUGGAAGAUGAAGUCAAAGAACAGACCAAUCAAAAACUGCCACUCAGCACAAAACGACAAAACCCACCAAAAUAAAAGCCCCAUUCAUCUCCUUUCCAACAUUUCAAACACCUUCAUUUUUCCCCUGCUUGCCUUAUCCUAAUUCCCAACCCAUUGCUUCUCCCUCUGUUUUUACUGUUUCAUUGAUCGUAAAAAUCCAAAAUCAGACUAGAAAUGAAGGACAGGAACUGCAGUGAGCUUCCCCCUGGCUUCAGAUUUCACCCAACCGAUGAGGAAUUGAUCAUGUUUUACCUCAGAAACCAAGCCACUUCCAAGCCAUGCCCCAUCUCCAUCAUCCCAGAAGUUGACAUCUACAAAUUUGAUCCUUGGGAUUUGCCUGAGAAGGCAGAUUCCGGCGAAAAUGAGUGGUACUUCUUCAGCCCAAGAGACCGGAAAUAUCCCAACGGCGUGCGGCCGAAUCGGGCCGCCGUCUCCGGCUACUGGAAGGCCACCGGCACCGACAAGGCCAUUUACAGCGCCUCCAAAUACGUGGGAGUAAAAAAAGCUCUUGUUUUUUACAAAGGGAAGCCCCCCAAAGGCAUCAAAACUGAUUGGAUCAUGCAUGAGUAUCGUCUCAUUGAAUCCAACAAACAAACAACCAAACAAAGAGGAUCCAUGAGAUUGGAUGAUUGGGUUCUGUGUAGGAUCUACAAGAAGCGGCAUUCGAACAAGGGGUUGGAGGAAAAAGCAGAGGAAUUAUCAUCAGGAGAUCACCAAAACGGUGUCGCAGAAGGCAAUGGAGAGCAAGUGAUGAAAUUUCCAAGGACAUUUUCGAUCACCCAUCUGUUGGAUUUGGAUUAUUUAGGCCCAAUUUCUCAGCUUUUCAAUGACAAUUCCAGCAUUAACCCAACUGUUGGGUUUCAAAACGCCACCACAACCCAUACAAAUGUUGGGAAAACAGAGCCAGGGGAAAUGGCAUUUGAUUACUCUGCUUCAGCAGAUUUCCAAUAUGUCAAUCACAAUCACAACAACAACAACUUCUUUAACCAACCCGUAUUCGUCAAUCCUGCCUUCGAUUGGAAUGGCUUGGGCCGCUGAAGAGCAAAAUACAAAAAACAACACCAUGAAAGAAAGAAACACGACACAAAAUUACUUGGAAGAAGAAAAAGGGAAAAUUUGUGAAUAUUGUUUGUUAAAGGGUUUAGGUUUGAUGUCUUUACACGACGAAUUCAAGAAAGUGACAGUUUCCAGUAUAGAUUCAAUGUGCAGAGAUUCUGUGUAAUUAGUUGAUUGAUUUACACCUUCUUCAAUUUUAGCUCUAUUUCCUUUUUUCUUUGGAAAAAUUUUAAUGGGUCUAGGUUCAGGCCAAUUUGUUUA